AUGUUGGGGGAAAUAGUGUUUUUUCUGCGGAGUUUCCAUGGGAUACUUGCUUCUUCUGGCACUGUAGGAGCAGUGGUGGCUUGGUUGAUAAGUUAUAAACCGGCCUUGUUUGGGUUCCUCUUUCUUCUGCUGUUGCUUAGCAACUGGAUGGUCAAACAUGAAUUCAAGCCCACCUCUUCAGAGUGCCCGAAGGAGGAGGCAGAGAAAUCAAAGACUUCCAAAGCCAAACCUGAUGAUCAACAAGGCCUGAGCAAGAAGGAAACUGAGAAAAUGAAUGCCUGCUUUGCCCUCCAGGACAAGGUCCUUGAACGGCUGUUGUUCAAUGAGAUGAAACUGAGGGUCUUGGAAAAUCAGAUGUUCUGCAUAUGGAAUAAGAUGAACCGUUGCCGCUGGGACAGCAGACACCGGAACUUUUCCAGGAGGUGGUGCAGGCCAAGGAGGAAUGAUUCAAUAUUCUCUACCAUCUCCACUUGUACCCCCAGCUCCCCUACAUAA